UGAUUGGAGGCUCCUUCAUGUUCCACAAUUGUGAUAUCUUGUGUAAUGUCCCUAAGACAUGAGCCUGUCAGCGGCGGCACAUAUACCCGCAACGGACCAUAUAAAGCACUGUGGCCUUGUGUCUGAGAAUGUGAGGAAUCAUUUACUGACCAUUCUGCGAGCGUGUCGAGAUACGCGUCCAGAUCGACGACUAUGCAGAUCUUAGCGCUUACGUUUGCUGGGUUGCUCGUUGGCACGAAUGCCAUCUUUCUUGAGACCGAUAGAUUGGCCGCAGAAGGAGUUGGGAAGUUGGGCCUCCACGUCGCCAAAAACGGGUAUCCAAAUGGCGAGCGAUGCACGCUGAAGAAUGUAGCUGUUCGAAGAGAGUGGUCCACGCUACGUAAAGCUGAGAAAACCGAAUACAUCCGAGCUGUAAAAUGCCUUGGGUCGAAGCCUGCCAAAACCCCAGCAGCCGUUGCCUCUGGUGCCAAGAGCCGUUACGAUGACUUUGUCGUCACGCAUAUUCUCCAAGCACAGUACAUACACGGGAACGGCAAUUUUUUGUCGUGGCAUCGCUACUUUACCUGGGCAUAUGAACAGGCCCUUCGAGACGAAUGUGGCUAUAAGGGAUACCAACCCUACUAUAACUGGCCACUGUGGGCGAAGGACCCGCUCAAAUCACCACUCUUCGAUGACAGUGAGACUAGUAUGUCUGGAGACGGUGCUUUUGUUCCUAACCGAACGGCUGCAUGCCAUCCCAAUCCCGACCGUUGUCUUGUGCUGCUUCAGCCAGGAACAGGUGGUGGGUGUGUUUCCGGGCCAUUCAAAAACUGGAAAGUAAGCCUGGGCCCUGUUCGAACGAGAUCAGAGAACGUUCCUCCAAACCCGCAAGCCGAUGGACUUGGAUACAAUCCUCGUUGCAUCAAGCGUGAUUUUAACAAGCAAGCUGCGAACGAGACCAAUGAUGUGAACACUAGCAACCUGAUCAAGAACAACAACGACAUCGCAAGUUUCCAGGACAACAUGCAGAAUUUCUUUCCAGGUUCAAUGGGUGUCCACAAUGGCGGACAUUACACCUGGGGUGGCGACGCGGGCGGUGACUUUUAUAAUUCUCCGUCGGACCCCGCUUUCUGGUUCCACCAUGCCAUGAUCGACCGCACGUGGUGGGUGUGGCAGAACCAUGACCUGAAGGCGAGAACAAACGUGAUUGCUGGAACUCUGACUUUCUUAAACCAGCCGCCAACAUGUAAUGCAACUCUCGACGACGGCAUGUCCUUAGGCUAUGCUAGACCGUCGAACAUUACCAUCAGAGAUGCGCAAAGUACUCUUGGCGGACCGUUCUGCUACAUUUAUGUGUGAUCAAAACACGGAUGUCGGCUGCUUGAAGCAAGCCGGCCGGAGUCGAUCGCGAGGUCGAUACGUUUUACAAUAGAUGAAGUAAUCUUCUCACUAUCUCGCAGAAGAAUGGCUACGCCUGUGUCUAAGGAUUAUCUGAUAACGUUAUAGUUUCCAAAAAGACUAAAUUGCGAGACAUAGA